GAAAGAAGCGCAAAAAUGUUCUCAUGCUGUUGCCCAAACCCCAAAGCCAGCAAAAAGGAUAAGGACAAGGAUAAGCCACAGUCCGUUGCGGAAGAGGCAGCAACGUCAGCGCCAGCAGAGACACCACAGGAGGCCAUAACCAACGGCAAUGUUGCAGUCUCAGAUACAAAAGCUGCUGAAGUAGAAACGUUGCCCAUUGAGGCUGAAGCUGCUGCUCCUGUUAUUGAAGCCACAACUGCUGCUGAAUUAACUACAACAACAAUUAAAGAAAUAGAAACAACAGCAGAUAUAGAAACAGCACUAGGACAAUCAGAAUCGACGCAUUCGUCCACGUCCACAACGGCGCCAGCUUCGAUGACCAGCGCUGGGGGUGAGGAUGAGCAAGAAGUUGCGCCAGUGGCAACGCCUACGAAGCCAGCUCCAGUGCAACCCAAGAGCUGCCUGUCGCGUCACAAUUCCACAGCUCAUUCGAUUAAGAAGAAGGUUAACAUAAGCACACGUGCUGAGAUUAUUGAGCCGGAACCGCUGCACACAUCGCUGCUGCUGCUGGCGAAUCACAACAACAACAAUAACUCACUGGCGGAUGAUGAUGAAGUCUUCUCGGACUCGCUGCCGCCGCCCAAGCGUGAAAGCAUGUGUGCUCCCUACAUUGAAGGCGAUGUGCUGCCCGAGACUGUACACUUUGCCCAUGGCCUGCCCAGUUGGUUUGACGACGAGCGUCUCAAUGAUAUUGGCUGCAUUGAGCCGCCAGUUACGCCCGUCGGCCGUGAUGAGCUGGAGCUCAAGCGGCAGCGUCUCUAUACGGAACUGCUGCGCGCCGCGCACGCCGCCGUCGAGCACAGCGUAGCCGUGCGUGAUAACGAACCGGAAGCAAAGCCUACAGCUGCUGCACAGCAUUUGGAAAGAAUCUGCGAACGCUUGGAGACGCUAGUAGAUCGCCUGGAGCAUACGCUUAUAGUUACAACAGCAACACCAACAACAGCAGCAGCAGCAACACCGCCACUGCCAACACCACCAACACCUUUAGCAGAGACAGAGUUCUAUAGCAGCAACAGCAUGAGUGUCGCCGGCUUUGAGGAUAUUGUAGCAGGACCGCUUAGUCAGUAUCUAAGCUUGUCUGCCAAAAUAGGCGGCGAUGUGGCCGAGCACGCCAAGUUUGUCAAGGCAGCCUUUGACGCUCAGCUGCGUUAUGUCACGCUGGCCACGCAAAUUGCGCAGCCGCCGCAGCCCAAGCAAGCGGAGCUGUUGCAGCCCACUUCCAUGCAGAUUAGCGCUAUACAGGAUUAUCGCGAGAAGCAUCGCACUUCGGCCUACUUCAAUCAUUUGUCGGCCAUAAGCGAGAGCGUGCCCGCUUUGGGUUGGGUAUGCGUUUCGCCAACGCCUGGACCGCAUGUUAAGGAGAUGAACGAUGCUGGCCAGUUCUAUACGAAUCGCGUACUCAAAGAGUGGAAGGAGAAGGACGCCAAACAUGUGGAAUGGGCACGCGCCUGGAUACAAACGCUUACCGAACUGCAGGCUUACAUUAAGCAGUAUCAUACCACUGGCCUUGUCUGGUCCGGCAAGGGCGCAGCGCCUGUAGGUGGUGGAGCGCCACCACCACCACCAGCUGGUGGCAUGCCACCACCGCCGCCACCACUAGACUUGAAUGCAUUGAAGCUCGACAGCGCUGGCGAUGAACGCAGCGCCUUAUUUGCGCAAAUCAAUCAGGGCGCUGAUAUUACCAAGAACUUGAAAAAAGUCACUGGCGAUAUGCAAACCCAUAAGAAUCCCUCGCUGCGCACUGGUCCUGCUCCCUUCAAGACGCCCGCCAGCAGCAGCAACAAUCAUUCUGCUGCACCUGCCGCACCAAUUGCCAAGCCGCCUGUGUUCACACGCGAUGGCAAGAAGUGGUUGAUUGAAUAUCAAAAGAACAAUACUGGUCUGCUUGUGGACAAUGCAGAGAUGAACAAUGUCGUCUACAUGUUCCGCUGCGAGGGCUCCACUCUGACUGUCAAGGGCAAGGUUAACAACAUUGUCUUGGACUCUUGCAAAAAGUGUUCGCUGUUGUUUGACUCUGUUGUCGCCUCUGUCGAGUUUGUCAAUUGCCAGAGCGUGCAAAUGCAGGUUCUGGGCUUUGUGCCCACUGUAUCCAUUGAUAAAUCUGAUGGCUGCCAAAUGUAUUUGUCCAAGGACUCGCUAGGCGUCGAAAUCGUUAGCUCCAAGUCAUCCGAAAUGAAUAUUCUCUUGCCGGAGGCCAAUGGAGAUUAUACUGAAUUGGCUGUGCCGGAGCAGUACAAGACCGUCAUCAAUGGCAAGACUCUCAAGACUGUGUGCGUGGACAGCCUGGGCUAAAGUUUCUUAAACUGCAUGGUUCUCGUCGUCGUCGUCGCCGUCAUCAGCUGCUUUUAAUACACCCUACCCCACCACACACAUAUAAUUUAAAAAAAAAAAACAGAAAAUAACAGCUGCAGCAAGCUAUAUAAUUAUUAUUUUUAAGCGCUAAAGUCUUUUGUAUUCUUUCUGUAUUUAACAUUUUUAAUUUUAAUUCAAUGUAUUUAGAAAAUUGUUUCCAAAUCAUUUGCUGCGUGAGAGUUUGCUAAUGAAACAUUAAUUUCGAAAUUGCAUGAACACGGAAAAAAUUAAUUUAAUUAACUUAAUUUUUUUAAUGUUUCUUAUCAAUCAAUUCGAAGAUAAUACAUUUCAUUUACAACUCGGCUUAAUAGGGGCAAAAGUAUUUAAAUUUCCAACGCGACGUAUUUCUAUUGAAAAUUAGAUGAGGCACCCAAGAAAAACACGAAAAACUUGUCAACAGAAAUAUUUCAGCAGACUUUAAUUCAAUUAUACGAAUAAAAUCAUUUUUGCACCUAAGCGACUAAGAUUAAACAAGGAUCCCAAGUAGAGAUCCAGGCAAAAGUCUUCAAAG